UAUGGUAUAUCACUAGGGUUACUCACAACAAUGUCUACUAUCAACUCCUCCAGUAUUUUUUCUAGUGUGAUUUUGAGUGUGCUAGUAACCCUGGCAAGCAUUGUUCCUCAUACAGAUGCAAGAGCAUUUUUCGUCUUCGGUGACUCGCUAGUCGACAAUGGCAACAACAAUUACCUUGCUACCACUGCUCGUGCCGAUUCACCACCCUAUGGGAUAGAUUAUCCGACUCAUCGAGCCACCGGCCGUUUUUCUAACGGCCUUAAUAUCCCUGAUCUCAUCAGCGAGGCGAUUGGGUCAGAACCCACAUUGCCAUACUUAAGCCCAGCCCUAACUGGUGAGAGGUUAUUAAUUGGAGCCAACUUUGCUUCUGCUGGCAUUGGAAUUCUCAAUGACACUGGAAUCCAAUUUAUAAACAUAAUUAGGAUCUACAAGCAAUUGGAGUACUUUCAACAGUACCAACAAAGGGUGGGUGCCCUAAUUGGUCCUGAACAGACUCAAAGACUAGUGACGGAUUCACUUGUGCUUAUAACACUUGGAGGCAAUGAUUUCGUCAACAACUACUACUUGGUUCCAUUCUCUGCAAGAUCUCGUCAAUUUGCUCUACCAGACUAUGUUGUCUAUCUAAUCUCUGAGUACAGAAAAGUCUUAUCGAGGCUUUAUGAAUUGGGGGCAAGGAGGGUGUUGGUGACCGGCACCGGACCGAUGGGUUGUGUUCCGGCGGAAUUGGCUAUGAGGAGCAGAAAUGGUGAAUGUUCAGUUGAGCUACAAAGGGCAGCAGGGUUGUUCAAUCCUCAACUUGUGCAAAUGAUAAAUUCACUAAAUAGUCAAAUUGGAUCUAAUAUCUUUGUUGCUGCAAAUGCUUAUGAAAUGAACAUGGACUUUGUUAGAAACCCUCAACAAUUUGGAUUUGUGACAUCAAAGAUAGCAUGCUGUGGACAAGGGCCUUAUAAUGGGCUUGGGCUUUGCACCGUACUCUCCAACUUGUGCCCUAACAGAGACAUCUAUGCAUUUUGGGAUCCAUUUCAUCCAUCUGAGAGAGCCAACAGAAUUAUAGUGCAACAAAUCUUGACUGGCUCAAACAAGUACAUGAACCCACUUAAUCUCAGCACUAUCUUGGCCUUGGACUCCAGGACCUAAUAUAUAUAUAUAUAUAUAUAUAUAUAUAUAUAUCGUAGUCAAGUCAAAUUACUAGUACUUCUCAAUCUUGUGAUUUAUUAUUAUUAUUAUUAUUAUUAUUAUAUGGUUGUGUUUUGGGUCUUGUUUGUUUAAGUUAAGUGUCAUAAUACUUGCAGUGUUUGUGUUUGGAAUUUAAUGUUUUGGUUGAUCAGUAUGUAAGGCACAUUGGCCAGGUCUUUUUUCAAAUAAUGUCAUGGUAAUCUUUUGUAGAUUUUUCAAUA